CAUACAGCUACAUGUACUGAAUUUUGACCUCACUGUGCAAAGAGUUACAUGUACAGCUGAGACCACAUGUAGUUUUUGCUAGCACUGAGUUGCACAUGUUUUACUAGUUCUCCAUUUUUCGCGUUCGUUCUACUCAGCAAUUGCCAGCGUAUGUACAGCAGUUUUGUUCGUCAGUUGUACGAGUCAAUUUGUCUUCGUUUCUCCGUCAAACUGUUUAGUCAUUGUGAACUUUGUGAACACUAUUUUUGUAUUCUGUGGAUUGGAAUUGGUGUUCAUCGUACCGUGCUACGGUCGGCGUUUUAACCUGUAGUGUAGCACUCCAGUCUUCAGGACCUCGACUUUUCUCCGUCCCGGUGUGCAGAUAUUAUGUGAAAGAAGCUGUUGAAUUAUUAAUUCAAGAUCGAGUAACUCGUCAUAGGGUUCAAGAGAAACAUGACGGAACAAGCAGUCAAGGGCGAAACUGCAAAUCUCCAGAAGCUCUCGAAACCAUUCUUGACUCCCGAUGACGUCACGUCUCUCCUUAGCCGACUGUUCGGUCUGAGGGCUUGUCAUGUUGAGGAAUUCAACAGCUACGACGAUAGGAUUUACCACGUCACGACAGUCCCCGGCCAGGGGAUAGGGGAGCAAAAAGAGUUCAUGCUGAAAGUUUUGAACUCGGUGUUUACCGCUGAGGGCGCUGUUGAAACCCAGACGGACGUCUUGGAUUUUUUGCAGUCAUUUCCCGAGUUGAGAUGCCAGUGUCCAGUUGCAAAUCUAAGUGGCCAGUUUGUCAGCUUUGAGUCAAUUCAGACCGACUACUUGAAUGGAGAGAGAAUUGGAAGGAUAGCUGCUCCCACUGCCGUGCGUCUGUUUAGUUUCUUACCCGGAAAGCCUCUACUAAAACUGGCACCAAUACCGCCAGUAUCCUUCGCGAAACUUGGUGAACAUCUCGGGGGCUUACAAAUUGCCUUGCAGAAAUAUCCCAACGAUGUAAAGCCACUAGAACGAAGGGCGGGUCUUGAUAUUUGGUGUCUGCAAAACUUAUCGGAUCUGAGACGUUACCUCCACGUGGUCAAAGAUGCAAAGUCGCUGAGGAUCGUUAAGGAAGUGAUCACGGAAUACGAAAGGAAAGUUACUCCGAUCUAUGGAGAGUUGAGGAAAGGUAUUGUGCACCAUGAUUAUAACGAAAGCAACGUGUUGGCGGUAUCACCAUUAGGAGGUAACUCACAAGGAACUCGUGGCUUUGAGAUCAGUGGCGUAAUAGACUUCGACUUUAUGGUGUAUUCCUGCCUGGUAUUCGAAAUCGCUGUUCCCAUGAUGUAUCUGAUGUUCUGCAGUGACCAACCCCUGGAAGCCACUGCCAACCUUCUUGCCGGCUUCGAGUCGAGAGCUCCGCUCACGGAGAAGGAGCGAGGCGUGCUGCGUGUUCUUAUAGCCGGGAGGUUCAUCCAGUCGUUGGUACUCGGGCUGUAUUCAUCUAGCUUCAAUCCGGACAAUUCCUGCAUAGUCGGGACCCAGGCAAAGAGCUUGAACCUUCUCGAAGAUUUCUGGAACCACCCGGAAGAGGACCUAAUGAAGUUAUGGAGAGACAUCAAAGGGAAUGUUUCCUAAACAAAAAAGACAAGUUAUUAAUUGAACAAUAUUCCAAGAGGCAUAUCAUCUAUGAGGCAUACUUUAUAAUGGUAUUGAAAAUAAAUCUGAACCCGAACCUGAUAUCAAAACACGUCCAUGUCAUGCAUAGUUUACCCGGUACUCUUGGUCAAUAUGACCCGGUCUGUGUCCAACUGACCAAGAGAUGGGCCAAACUAAAGCAGAACUGGGUUGUGAGUGUUUUUUUGUUCAGUGUGCUAAAGUCAGCUUUAGCUCCAGAUGUAUCUUUUUCUUUCCAUUUGUUUGCGUGUUUGUUGCUUGUUUCUAUCAUGUUUCGAACAAGACCCUGUUGUAAAAAAAAAGCCUUCUGAGCUGAUUUUUUUAUUCUGUACCGUGUAUCUCAAACAAACAAAACUUGUGAAACGGCUGCCGAAUGAAAAAAUAUAUGAUUCUGGGGGAAAAAUUGAUUAUGUAUGGAUAGUUUAUUGACUCAACUUUCAUAUGACACAAAGA